AUGCAUGUAUUAGAUUAUACAGCGUACCCGUACGUCACACAGAUUGUGCGUCUCGGUGAGAAUUCGCUCCCAGACACAACAUUCGAGAGAUCUGAAGGGAUUUGGCGUCCCAAAAGUAUUCAAGGCCCGGAGGGGGAGACAAACACGACAAAAACCCAAGAGGAACCCCCAACAACAAAAGAUAAUCAGCUGAGUGAAGGGCAAACGGGAGAUAUUGAAGGACAUCAUAAUUCAAGAGAGGCAAUGCUGGAAGAACUUCAGGAGAACACGAGGAAAUAUUUGAACUGUCCAGACCCUGUAGAAGCAGCAGCUAGGAGGCAAAGAGUCCUGGACGGAGAGGAAAAUGGCCUAACAGAAGAGGCCACAGCAGACUUCCUAAUAAGAGGACACUUUGAGCCUCAGGAACAAUUGCAUCUCGGGGGAGAACUUCAGGAGUUAUCCAAAGGAGUUGCCUUUAAACAACUUCAACAGGCGACACGCCAAUACCUAAGUCAUCCUGACCCCAAGGAAGCAGCAGCAAGAAGGCAUAGAGUGUAUUUUGGAGAUGAAUCCAGACUGAUGGAAGAGGCAGCUUUGGCAAUGAUGGUUGCGGACACAUCUCAUCAUCAAGUGUCACAGAGACAACUGAGAAUAUCAGACAGCAACCCUGUCACUCCGCCCCCCAUGAACGAGGUACCAAAUCAUACUUGGCUGCUUCCUGACCCACCUUUGAUCCUUAGCCCAGAAGCUAUGGAGGACAAGGAAGAUGAUGAUAUGGAAUCUAGAUCUAGUAAUGGACCUCCACAACUGAACCAACCUGAUGCAAUCCAAGAAAGGGCGAGAGGAAAAAGGAUAAAGUCAGUAAUAAUCAGUCCUACAUCAGAUAAGGAGAGAUCACCACAGAGCCCCCAAGCAAACAUUGGUACAACAGAGACCGUCAAAGCGACAAGAGUCCCUCACAGUGGCACAAAGCGAAGGACAAAGAAAUCAGCAGCAAGAAGAACUCCCCGGACGAGUCCUAACAUCCUCCGGGGGACGAGUUCAAAAAAUUGUAGGAUCAAAAGAGACAACAAACAGACUUACAGCAACUGA